AUGUCAGUUUCAAUUGACAGGACGGAACAAGGGUUUCGAUUGUGUCGUUAUGCUAACAAAUCUUGGGCCGGGGGCCCAAUCAUGAUUACCGAGAUGGUAACGGGUGACAACGAGAGCUCUUCCCUGGGGGGAUUUCAUUUGGGAGCUCAGGAUGAGAGACCACGUGCUCCGAGCGUCUCUUCACUGUCUUACAAACAGAAAAUAGACGCCCUAUUUGAUGACACACGAUCCAUAAACAGCAUACAAUACGCGGACGUAGCCAGGCGGGAUAGCAAGGUCAGCUUAACCCAGGAUAGCAGAACAACAAUAUUCGAAGAUGAGAAUAACUAUUGUCAGAAGAAAAUAAAAAAGAUCAACAACACUGUUCAGGAUCGAAUAGAAAGAAUGUUUGCUGAUAUGGCCGGUGAGUCAAGAUUAUCAGCGGAGAAUAUAGGCGUUCACGUGUUCAGCGUGCAGUAUUUGGGAUCAACGCCAUUACAGAGCAAAGUCACCAGCCUGUCUGGCUUACAGGGUCCACUCAGAGAUCUAUACUUCGCUUAUAAGAGGAAUACGAGACAGAAAAGCACUUUUACAGGUCGACUUGAAAUAUCUAAGAGCGGUCUCAAAGUCAGAUACAAGGGCGAAAAAGGUGAUCUGGAACAGCUGAAUCCAUUUCCUACAAUAGCCGUUUGGUCAGCUGUCAAGUUCAUUGUCCAGCCCGAUGAAAAGGACCAGAACGAUUUAAGUUACGCCUUUGUCCCAUUAAUAACUGAUCCAGAUAAUAUUGACCGUCACGCUCUGUUCAAACUAUUAGAUUCAUCCGAAAAGAAAUAUAUCCUCUCCCACAACGAAAAUUCUCAUUCACCUCUUUUCGCUGUUGUGAUGAGGAAGAUAGGCGUUGCGAAACAACUUGAGUGUCAUGGGUUUGUAUGUCAAACGACUGAGGACGCUAUAGUUAUAGCGGCGACGUUAUACAAAUCACUUAUGUCACAUAUGAGUCGGCAAGGUCAUUCCGAUACGAAGAAGCUGAAGAAUAGGAACGGGGUCACUUGUAUGAGUGUGACCAGCAGCAUACCGGCCAACGACAUACCCGUCAGGCCGCCGAGAAAGAAACGCAGCACGUCUUCACUCAGUGGAGACAGCGACCGAGCUGACGGGUUCUCAGCGAGCGAAUCCUUCACGGAAAAACCGAAAUUAGAAAGGACGAGAAAUGUUACAGAAAACUUACCUCAUCUAGCACCGUGUGUUCCACCGUUGGAAGCGAAACGAAUCACUGUUGAAGAAGUGAAAGCUAAAUUAGAUUUAAUAAAGCAUAAUGAUACGAGCGGCAGUGAAACUCAUGAAUCUAAGAAGUCUACGAAAGAUUCGCUCAAUAUGAUGCCAAUGAUGCCGCAAAAUACACACAGCAGCAGUGAAUCGUCGGUUAAAACUAAGAUAUCUGAAAAGAUUGAACUGUUCCGAGAGUUGGAGAGAAGGAAAAGUAUACAGAGACCACCGACUCUACCGCCGCCGAUACCUUCUAAGCCGCAUCCACACACGUCAGAUCCACAUCCCAAAGAGCCUUUAAGAAGAAGUCAAAGUGGUCGGAAAUCGCUCAGCGAAUCCGGGGAUAUAUUGACUAAAGUCGCCAUACCACGUUCCGGCAGCUUUUUAAACGCCGGCGGACUGACGAGAUAUAAAUCAAUCGGACAGAGAAACAACGGGAAAAAGGGCGGCGGAUCACCUUUGGGUUUUAACGAAUUAUUCAACGAAUUCAAAGUUCAAGAGAAUUUACAUUCUAUGGAUGAAAUUUUAAAUGUCAUAAUAGAUCCGGACGGGAUGUCUUUUAACGAUCUGAAACCGAUCUAUAAAGAAUUUCUUCUGAAAUUAGCAGUUACACUGACUAAGGACGAAAUCUUCCAACACAGUAAGACCAUCAUGAAGAAACAGAAGAAAAAGAUACUCCGAAGAAACAGUUCGUUCCAGAGUAAAGGAAAAAAGAUAUUCAAAAGCGCCAGAGGUCUGCGAAUGGUGUUCAGAUUACCAUUCGGCAAAGAGUUCAGGAAGAAAGACAGGAAAAAGCAAAACGGCUCCGACGUACAUAUACAAAGCAACAAAGAACCGGUUUCAGAGAGUUCGGUAUCAACGACGAGUUACGACAUGCGGCAGUUCAGGCCGAAGGAGCCGGAGUUUCCCGCACCGAAACGACAGACGAUGAGGAAGAGGAACUCUAAACGUUCGGAUAAAUCCGUCCACGUGUCCAAAAGGAACGGGAAGACCAGAGGAGAGAGGACUUCCACAUCGGAAGACUCGGAUUUUCUCACGCUCAGCAACAGACUCGGCUGUCAGAACAGGAACAGUUCCAGCGGCUAUGUUUCAUGUUCUGAGUGCGAAUCAGAGAGUUGUAUCGAUAGAUGCUACUGCUCGCUGAAGGACUGUAAACCUAAAUGUUACUGCUCGGUCGACAACGGGAAGGAUUCCGCCAAGGCCAAGUUGCUGGGGAAGAACUGCAAGGAAUGUUCCAAAGAAAUGUAUUCAGGAGACUUCAGUUACUGUUCCUGUGACUCCGAGAGUUGUGCUGACAGUAACAAGUGUUACUGCACAGGUCCCAGAAAAACUGUGCAAGCCGCACAGAGUUCGGAAUAUCUCAAACCGAAGUCUUAUGAUAAGAUGAAGAGGGGCUACGAAGAUUACGAAGGAAGAAGUAGAAGCAGGUCCGGUGCGUCUUAUCGUCGUAGACGCGCCCGCAGCUCGGACAGCGUCGCGUUGGACUAUGAGCUGUUGUUACAGAAUAAAAGGGACGCUCGGGCGAGGAACAUGCACCGACUGACAGUCCGUAGUACAGGCGCCGGUUCUCAGGAUGCUUUGAGCGUCAAGAAGUCGGCGGAGAUGGCGGCUUUAUUCGCGGACGUGAGGCUCUCUCAGCGGACGGAUGUGCGCUCCUUAGCCGGGGGGCGAAGGCCUAAGCCGCCACCUCUGUCCCCCCACGUACCGUUAGCCAAAAUGUUCGACCAUCGCCCUUUAAGCAGGAACGCCAGUUUGGAAGACACAUUGGGCUACUUCCCAUAG